CCCAAUCCCAAUCCCAAUCUGGGAAACUCGCGUUAGAUUCGGUGAAUAAAAAAAAUUGGGGUAAAAUAAAAAAGCAACAAGAUGGAUCGAUGGAUUGGUAGGUAGAUCGCGGUCGGCGGCGGUGGCGGUGGCGACGAGGGCGUCAUACCGUUGUAAUUGGAGUCGGCGGAGGGGAAGCAGGCGGUUAGGAGAUGAGGAAGAAGCUUGGAACUCGAUUCCCGGCGUCAAGAAUAAAAAAGAUAAUGCAGGCAGAUGAAGAUGUUGGCAAGAUUGCCAUGGCCGUGCCUCUUCUUGUUUCAAAGGCUUUGGAGUUGUUCUUGCAAGAUCUUUGUGACCGAACAUAUGAAAUUACUCUUCAAAGAGGAGCCAAGACCUUGAAUUCUUCACAUUUAAAACAAUGUGUGAAGACUUAUAGUGCUUAUGAUUUCUUAACUGGUGUUGUCAACAAGGUACCAAACCUUGGUGGCAUGGAGCCUUCUGAAGAUGACAAGGGAAUCGGUCGGAGAAGGAAGACACACACACAUGGGGAUGAAGCUGAGAACGGUGAGGACCUUCAGUUGAGAGCAGCCAAGAUGGCUACGAGGAAUGCUAAUGUUAACCCCAGAGGGCGUGGCAGAGGUAGAGGAAGAGGCCGACCACCCUCAAAGCCAAGAGAAGAAAGGUAUGUGAAAUGUGAAGACGAUGACAUUAUGUUGGGCGACCAAGACGAGGAGGCCCCUGUCGAACAACCCGAGCAGUCCCAAGGAGUGGAGAAGCAGAACAACCCUGUCGGCAUACAUCCUUCCUCGAUUUCGAUUUCCACCAUAGGGGGAGCUGCAACAUCCGCUGCUGCAGAGACGACUAAGACAGACGAAACACCUGGUUGGCCGCUUCCUGAUGGGGUAGGCAGCAUUGGAAUAGAACCAUCCCGGCUUGUACAAUUAACAAUGCAGAUAGACAAUGAUGAUGAAGAUUAUGACAAUGAAGAUUAGCGAAUCUGAUUAUUUUUUUUAUUCACUAGCAAACCUAUCUCUCCUGUAAAUAAUUCUCAUCCUUAAAGCAGAUACUAGCACAGAUUUAGUUAUUUUGCACCAAGUGAUCUAGUGUAACUCGGUGACAAGAAAUUACACUUCCGAUCGAGGGGGGAAUAGGUGAAGGACUGAUUCGAAUUUAGCUAUUUUGUAAUGGAAAUUUGGACUGGUGUACUAACUGAGCAGUGUUUAGUCUGAUGAUGAAUAUGCUAUCUGAAGCUGUACAUUGCUCAACAAGUGUGAAGAUGAAACAGUUUGUGAUAAUCUUUAUUUAUUUAUCUUCA